UUUUUUUUUCUUCUUUUGUGGUUUUUCACUUUUUUCUUCUCACCAUGAAACGGAAACGAUAUAUUACUUGUAAAAACACAACCAAAGAAGAGACAUCGCAACAACCAAGUUGUCCCAUUUGCUUACAAACCUAUACCAAUCGUACGUUUGUACGAGAUUGUUUUCAUUCGUUUUGUUUUGUCUGUAUCCGUCAAUGGAUCAAUAUCACCCCAGAUUGUCCUCUAUGCAAACGACCGAUCCGAGCUCUGAUCUAUAAUAUUGUAGAAGAAGCAAAUACCUAUCAAGAAUAUCGACUGGCAGACAAGAAACCAAAUACCACGAAACAUCAUCCUCCCUCAACAAGUACUCGACAAGAACUACGACCUUGGUUAGAAAGACGACGAGCGCUUUAUCGACAACUUUGGCCUGUUAUUACCUAUCCUCCUGCUUUACCACGUUUUGCCUCUUUUACCAUUCUUCAACCUGAACAUAUGCCAAAGAUCAUACCAUUUCUUCAAUCUGAAUUACAAGCUUUGUUGGGUUCAGCUUAUGAUACCUUUAUAGAAACACAUAUCCAAACCAUUCUUUUGAUACCCUAUCAUCGUAGAAAAUCCAAUGUGGAAAUGACAAUGUAUGAUGAUGCUGUGAUUCAACCCUUAACAGAAUGGCUGGCGGAAACUGACCAAGUGACUCGAAGAUGGAUGGAUGAACUAUUGGCAUAUUUAAAAUCUGGUCUUAGCUAUAUGCAUUUUAUCAACACUGCUCAAUACAAUUCAUCUGAAGACAAUUCCACUCCACCGCAUUGAAACAAAAGCAAGGUUUAUAUUAUCUUUUAUAUAUAUAUGGGACGAACUGAAUGAACGACCAUUUUGCAUUGAUAGGUGAACUUUAUCUAGAAUUCAGGAUUUUGUAGUCACUUUGGAUGAUAUAUUGGGUAGUCAUAGAAUAGUUUUUUAUUUUUUUUUUUAUUUUUUUUUAUUUGUUGGAUAUGAAUAAAGAAAAUAUAA